AUGCCAAAGUUCAAACGUUCGAAUUCUAAACCCCCCGAAGAGUUUUGGAAAUUGCAACCAACUAUACUGAAAUUCGAACAAAAAAUGAAGGUGGCGGAAUCUAAGACAGCAAAAAUGGGGCGCCCCAAGCACGAGAAUUUAUGGGAAGUCUCCCAGAUUAACCAUCAACGGUCAAAAUACAUAUAUGACAUGUUUUACAAGAAAAAACUGAUCACAAGACAAACAUAUGACUGGCUAUUAAACCACAAAUAUGGAGACGCUGAACUUAUUGCUAAGUGGAGAAAACAGGGUUACGAAAACCUGUGUUGCUUACAAUGCAUUGAAAAAUCGGAUGCAAAUCGUACUUGUAUUUGCAGGGUUCCAAAGAGCAUAGAUACACAACAAAAGCCAGCCUGCAGGUCUUGUGGAUGUCAAGGAUGUGCAAGCAGUGAUUGA